AUCAAAUGACGUCAAACACGUCAUCGCCUUUACAAAGCCCUUUUUAUAUUGUUUAUAUUUUUACUUUUCUAGUUUAAUUUAAGCUAAAUAAAAGAAGAGGAUUUGAGUAAAAGACGAAAAGUUCUUAAUUAUCCAUAAUUUUAUACCAAGUGUAAGCGUAAGGAAAAGGGAAAACCCAGUUCAUUAAAAAUAUUGCGUCAUAUUUUUCGAUUCUGUUAUAAACAGUCUUGAAGAGUAAUAAGUGAGCGCAUUUUGCUACAAAGCAGUUAAUUCUUUUGAUGUUAUUGGAUGAUUUCAAUUCGAUGCCGCCGGAAAAGCGACCCAAACGAGGUCUCAGCGAUGCUGACGACGAGGAUGAUGAUUACAGGAGACGAAGAGACAGGAACAAUGAGGCAGUUAAGAAGAGCAGAUUCAAAUCAAAGCAACGAACACAGGAAACAUUUACCCGAGUGAACAAAUUGAAAGCGGAAAAUCAAAUGCUGGAAGAAAAAGUGAAAACAUUAACAAAAGAUCUCCAAUUCUUGAAAGACUUGUUCCUGGAAUAUGCAUCAAAUUCACAGAACUCAAAAUUUGCUGGAUUAGAUUUAGAAAAGCUUUUAGAUGAUGUACAAGAUGAUAAGAAAUCUGGAAAAAGUAGUAAAUGAAUUGAAAAUUUCACUCUUGGUUCUCGGAAAACUAUAAUUUAAUAGUUUGCUUUUUUAUUUCAAUGAUAUCAAUAAAUUAUGUUACUUGCCAUGGUGGGUUGGUCAAUUGAAUUUGCAAUAUAUUGUCUAAGUAUUCCAGCUUAAAAUAACUUUGUUUUCAUUA